UGCUCGAGAAUAAAAAAUCUAUUUCGUUCACCUUUUCGUCAUUGGAAUGAUGCUGUAGGUACAUUUAGGCGACAUGCUGGAAAUUGUAAGGGGAAAAAAUGGGACUACAUGCAUCUACUUCUCCAAUUUUGAAUAAUAUAUGCUCUCAAAUGUCAGGUGUAGCUCAACCCAUUGAAAAUAUCUUAGAUACUAACAUAAAACUUGAAAUUGAGCAAAAUAGGAAAAUUCUUAAAGAAAUUGUUGAUACAGUUCUUUUUUGUGGAAGGCUUGGCAUUGGAUUACGAGGUCAUCGUGACGAUGCUCAAUUUCACCCAGAGGUCGGUUGCUAUUCAGUCAAUGGCAAAUGUUGGUAAUUUUGUUGAAUCUUUAAAUUUUAGAGUUAGAGCUUGUGAUCAAACUUUGGAAAAUCAUUUGCUCAAAUGUGGCAAGAAUAAAAGUUAUAUUUCCAAGACCAGCCAAAACAAAAUCAUCAACUGUAUUGGUCAGGUAAUAUCAGAAGAUAUUAUAAACGAGAUAAAAAAAAUAGAUAUUACUCUAUCAUUGCAGAUGAAGAUGCUGAUUCUUCUCACAAAGAGCAAUUGUCCCUUGUUCUACGGUUUGUUGACUUUUCAAUGAAUGUUAAAGAAGAGUUCAUGUGUUUCCUGCAUUACAAAUGGGGGUUGAGUGGUCAAAAACUUUCAAAGCUUAUUUUAGAAACUCGAGAGAAAUUUGCCUUACCCAUUAUGGAUUGCAGGGGACAAGGUUAUGAUGGUGCAAGGGCUGUUUCUGGGUAUAUAAAUGGUUUAGCAGCCCAAAUUUUAAGAAUUAAUCCUAAAGCUCUUUACACUCACUGUUACAGUUAUCGACUAAAUUUGUCUGUCUGUGACACUCUUUCUAACGUUGAAAUUAAUAACAUGUUAUCUGUUGUUUCUCAAGCUGCCAAUUUUAUCAACAUAUCACAGACACGCAACAUGCCCUUUGCUGAGCACGUUAAAAAGUCAGAUGUUCAGACCAAGAAGGCAAAACUGGUACACUACCAAUCACCUCAUGUGAAUGUGAGAGAUCAAUUUCAGCACUGAGGAAUCUAAAAACCUACCAAAGGAGAACUAUGGUAGAGGAACGUUUAAAUGGCCUGGCUUUAAUGCGAAUUCACCCAGAAAUUAUUCCUGACAUAGAAAGACUGAUCAAUAUGUUUGCUGAAGGUAAUACACGUUUGAAAUUUGCUUAAUGUGUUAUGGCUAGGUUACUGUAGAAAUAUUACUGACUUUGCA